AUGGUGAGCCCCCCCCCCCAACGACGGAGAGCCCAAGGGGAGAUGUGGGACACGCGGCUGGGCCAGUGGAAGUCCAGGGCAGGGGGCGUAUACAUCCCCCCAACUCCAGAGGAGCUGCAAGCAGCUGAAGGACUGCACCGGGCCGCCCGGGAGCAUCAUCGGCAGGAGCGUAGUACCUCCGCAAUAUCAAGAGGCCUUUCUCCUCAAAGGCAGCGCUCACCGUCUCUGCUGGUGCGGCGUGAGCGGGGUAGCCCGGUGUACGAGUAG